AUGUCGUAUUCUUUAGAACAGCGUAUUUUGAUCGUGGAGCUGUACAUGCGAACAGGCUCCUUCUGGUCGACAUGUGAAGGAUUCUUGGAACAAUACCCUGUGACGUGCGCUCCUUCGAAACGCACCAUUCAGACGUUUGUGGAAAAGUGGCGUACGACGGGUUCUGUGAGCAGUGCAACGGGAUCUAGAAAGACACCCACCCGUAACCCGCAGGCUGUCACCGACACUGUGGAUUGCAUGGAAAGAAGUCCUUACGGGUCGACACGAGGAUUAUCACGACAGACAGGCGUGUCACGAAAGUCAAGUCGACGUGAGCGAGUUAGGGCGCAGAGAAUCUGGUAUCGGCGCCGGUGGGGAGAACGAUCAGCACAGCCUUUAAAACGGAAGAGGAAUAAAUGUGUGAAGACGGAGAAGAAGAUUAUGUUCCCCAACUCAUCUCUCCUGGAUCGCUGUCCAUAUCCUCCUAAACAACAGCAAAGCAAUGACUGUUUCACUCGGUUUCCAGUUAACCUUGCACCUGUUCUGUUCCCUACUCAGCAACUGAUUGAGUCAGAAUACAACUUUAUGAAUGCCAACUUUCAUCAUACACCGCUGAAUGUUCUUUGCCAGUUCCCCACAGGACCAGUGCAUAACGUGAAUCCUAGCCAUCGUAACUCUCCUUGCUCACCUACUGUGCCAACAAUAUCUCAAGGAAGAAAAUCAGAAAUUUUACUGUCCAUGCCUUCUAAACUGCUAAGACAAAUUCUGCGUUUUGAAUGGGUUUUGAGGAGGAGGAGUGAUGAACACAGUCCUUAUGACAUCAAACGACAAAGAUUCAGUUCACCACAUGCUCUGCAUUUGUCUUCAGCAACUGGAUCACCUUCCAUAGCAUUUAACAAUGCAGCAGUGCCUUUACAAAAUGAAAGCAGAAACUCGACUCCAUCACCUAGCACAGUAGCAUCCCCACACACCCCAAAGCCUUCUGGCUGUGUACCACCUUUGUAUGGCUUCCAAAACCGGAACAUAUCAAGCAACCAAGUCAGCAGUGGGAAAGAUAAGUUAAGUCAACAGAUAUUUGAUCUGUUCCACACUUGCCAACAACAGCAGGAUGAUCUUGAGAAGAAAGAAUUUUGCAGAGCACAAUUACAAAGAGAAAUCCAGACAUUAUUUCCAACAAGUCGUGUGUAUUUAGCUGGAUCGUCCUUAAAUGGCUUUGGUACCAGGAGUAGUGAUGCAGAUCUGUGCCUAGUGGUUCAAAAUGGGCCGGUGAAUCAAAAAUCUGAUGCUGUUUAUAUUCUUAGUCUUGUACAGCAGUUGUUCUACCGGCUUCCUUAUAUAGAGAGACCUCAUCUUAUUCGAGCAAAAGUGCCCAUAUUAAAAUUCAGGGAUAAAGUCAGUGGAGUUGAAUUUGACUUAAAUGUAAACAAUGUUGUGGGCAUAAGAAAUACUUUCCUUCUCAGAACCUAUGCAUAUGUUGAAAAAAGAGUUCGCCCCAUUAUACUUGUAGUAAAGAAAUGGGCUCGGCACCGUGGAAUUAAUGAUGCAAGUCGUGGAACUUUAAGCAGUUACUCUUUAGUACUCAUGGUUCUGCAUUAUCUUCAGACACUGUCUAAACCUGUUAUCCCUAGUCUGCAAAAGGAAUAUCCUGAGUCUUUUAAUCCUACUAUGCAGCUGCACCUUGUUCACGAAGGACCAUCUAAUAUUCCUCCUUACAUUUCCAAGAAUGGAUCCACACUCGGGGAACUCUUCCAGGGCUUCCUUAAGUAUUACGCUACAGUUUUCAACUGGGAAAAGUUAAUGAUUUCAGUUCGUGAAGCCAAAGCUCUCCCGAGGCCAGAUGGAGCUGAGUGGAAGAACAAGUACAUUUGUGUGGAAGAGCCUUUUGACCGAUCUAAUACUGCCAGAGCAGUUCAUGAAAAGGUGAAGUUUGAUGCAAUUAAAGCAGAGUUUAUGGAGUCCUGGCAAAAACUGCGAGCAAAGAAAGAUCUAAAUGUCAUUCUACCAGUAAGAGCAACAAUACAGAAAAGAUAAUAAUCUGAUGGGUGCUCUUCAUAUCAACAUGGGCGACAGGACAAAAUACGUAAAUGCUGGACCACCGAAUGGGUUCAUCUUUAUUUCAGAUGAUGUUGGCACAUUUGCUGUCUUUUUCAACCCAUAGUAGUGCCAGUCUUGAUUGAUGAAAACAAUGGCAGAUGCAGGUGGCCUACUUUCAAAGACAGAAAAUACAAAUGAUGUAGUGAUAUGUGCUAAUUAAUUACUGUUACCAAAAGAAAGAUGUUAAA